UGUCUUCUCCGUCUUGGAGAUAAUACUAGAGCUUUAGCAGACAUCCAGCAGGCUGAGUUGUGUGAAUAUCAGUUUGAGCGAAGGUUUGAGCUUGAGGAGCGUCGUGGCCUGGCUUACCUGGGGCUCAAACAGUACGCUGACGCUAAGACCGCAUUCACUACGUCGAUAUCGUUACUGGAGGACGCGGCCGGGUUCCUGCCGAAGAAGUUUGUUGAGAGAAAAAUGCAGGAACUUAAAGAUAAUCUUAAGAAUUGCAUUUACCCAAGACUAGAGUCAGGGGGGGAGGUGUCCAGGUUCAGCGCCAUGAAACGACUGCCGGAGCUGAAAUCCCGAAACCGGAAGUUUCCUGCGCUAUCAGACAAAGUUGAAGUUUCUCAGAGUUCUCAUCAAAAGCGGGAACUUUUUUCUACAGGAGAAAUCGGGGCGGGAGAUAUUUUAGGGAUUGAGAAACCUGUGGCGUCUGUUCUUGAGAAGGAGUUCAUCCGAACUAACUGCUGGAACUGCUUAAUUACUUUGAAGGCCCCCUAUGGUUGCCCUCUGUGUUCUGCUGUAAAGUUCUGUAGCAAGGAUUGUUUGAGAGAGGCAUGUUCUACAUAUCAUCCAUCAGAGUGCCUUCUUACAGAUAUUAUACUCAGUAACCGAGUUGAGUCCUGGCAUCUAGCCUUGAGAGCUGUUGGUUCAAAACCUCUGAGUCAGAUCCUACAAGUCGGAUCUAGAACCUCCGGUAGGAACGGAGCAUCCGGUUUAAGUUCCUCCGGAGACUUGAACGCCCUGCUAAAUCUUGAUCUACCCCUCCGAACAGAAUCUGUUGAGGAAAUGAAGAAGAGAAGUAUAAUGGCUGUAUUCUACCUCAUCAUAUUACAAAUGACAGGAUACUUUGAUACAACAGAAGAUGUUGGAAAACUGAACCCGUCCCUAUCAUCAAUCCAACAGAUGAAGGGGAAAGAAAACGACUCUACUCUAUCUGAACCUGAGUUGCAUGUUGCAACCCUAUUGGAGAAGAUCAUCAGAGCAACCUCGUCUUGCUCAACAGAGAUUUGUCACUUUGAGAUGGGAGGGGAGGAAGAGUGGACUACGGGUAAGGUUACUCCUGUCCUAGGUCGGAGUAUAAAUCCAACCCUAGCCAUGGUUCCUCAUUCAUGUUAUCCCACAGCUGCCAGAGUAUGUCAUGCCAACCAAACCUUGCUGAUUGCUCAGAAGAACAUGAAGGCAGGAGAGAGAGUGACAAUAAACUACACUGCUCCCUUCUAUGCCGCGUCACGUUCUCACAGAAAAGAGUUCUUGUACACAGGUUUUAAUCUCAGCUGUGAGUGUGAAGCAUGUAGACAAGAUUGGGAUCUAUUUGAUAACCUUCCACCAGGACCUCAAGGGUUGUCAGACCAGGACUUUCAUCUGAAAGGUUUCAAGAUGGUCGAGUUCGGUAAUCCGGGAAAGCUCCAGGUUGAGGGAUUUACAGCAACGGAGCGAAGUAUUGUCGAAGCAUUCUCAAAGGUUCGAAGUAAACUUGACCAGCUGCAGUGCAGUAUUGUGUGUAGCGGGCCCCCCAGCAAGGUGAUGAUACAGAAUCAAGUUCGAUUAUUCAGAUGUUUGCUGGCGAUGUACAGCAGCAAGCUGUUUAUAAUCAAGACAGAAUAUGGGAAACUAUCUAUUCCCGUCUAACAUUGAUGGCAUCUAAUAAAAAGGACUGUUCACGAUUUAAUUGUAGUUUUUCAACUUUAAAAUCUAAUAGAGAUCAGAACCUUGUUUAUGGUUCUUGUUAAUAAAUAACUUAAUAAUGUU